UAAUCUACCCACCGGAUAUCAUUACUACAUUCAAAGCUUGAUUUGCUAUUUAUAUACAUAGACAAUCAAGAUGUUAGAUAAGGGCUGGGAAGCGGAUGAGGCAGAGAUGUUUGUAUACAUCAGUACAAGGGUAUGACCUCAACAUACGUCAUCGGCGUUAUCCCCCACAUAUUCGAUAUAAGAUGGCAAUAGAUGCCACCUACGAAGUAUAACUCUGAACACUCAAACAUUAAUACUCGACCUUACCAACUAUUGAACUAUCAAGUUGUUUUUUCAUAAAAAAUCCCGUGAUACCCUGAACCUAGCCAAAGCACAAUCGAGAUGGCGGAUUCACAAAUCGGCAAGUCGUCUGGAACCAAGCAAACACCGCUUGACCCUCACCAACAAGGCCAUACGCAGAAUAUCCUCGACGAAAUCGGCGAUAGACCUCAGGCCGGCCUUGGUGGCAAUACGGAAGCUCAAGAAGAGGAGCUCAAGGACAAGGUCGACGGCGCGGUCAAACGCGGACCCAAGGUAGCCGACGAGCACACGGGCGGCCGAGUACAGGUUGGCGAGACGGGCGAUUUGCAUGACCUUGCUGCACGAAGAAACAGCUUCAAGAAGUAGAAGUCUUGUAUAAUAUGUGAAGGAGAGGUUAUAUCAAAACCAGGUCGAUUCGGUUA